AUGCCACAAACCAGUAGUAGUGAAGAUUCAGAACAUCUACAAGACCCAGACUUUCUCAGCAAUUCUGCAUCAAUGUUCAAUCUUCGAGAUGUUCGUGCAUUGAAAGCAAGUUUCUGCUCUACGCAUGCGAACGAUGUUAUUCCUAGGGGAACUGUCAACGUUCCAGAAGAGUACAUUCUCCCGAAUAUCGACCGUGCUUUGCUCGGAAGGGAAGACCUAGAUAUUAACCAAUUGAGUCAAAAUAAUCACGUUAAAACAUUCAUCAACAAAUUGCACAAAGUUGUCAAGAACGCGAGACUUGAUAUAGGAACGAGCGAGUCUUUAACUGAUACAUUGUUCCUUAAAAAUUGCAUUACAUCUAAACAUAGAUUACAUCCAACAUUCAAAUUUUCCGUUGGCCAUGCAGUUUUGUCAGCAAAAGUCGGAUUUGUAAUUGAUUAUAAAAACUAUUCUAUAUUGGUCGUUGAUGAUAAACAUCUAGCUAACGUUAGGCCAAGCAAUAACUAUGGGGAACCACAAAUAUUUGCUGAAAUGCUUGCUUGUGGUGAAGAAAAUAUACGUCAAGCUACUAUGACUUAUGAUGUGAUUAUAUUUGUAGUUCGUGUAAUUUCCACUUACGUUACGUUUUAUCGUUCUGUGAUUCAUAAAGGAUAUUGGGAUGAACUUGGUAUAGGUUGCCCACGACAGCAAUCAAUUACAAUCUUUAGAUGGCCAGGGAAUAGUAGUAUUCCAUUUGUUGGUUUUGAUCUUGCAGAACCGCAUGGAAGAAAAAAUGUGUUAGAAGCGUUAUGCAAGAUUCGUCAAUUCAUCUUAGAGUUGUAA